AUGAAUAUAAGUGCAUAUAUACUGUUUAUAGCAUUUGGCACGAACUACGGAUGGUGGGAGAUUCGAACGAGGAUGUGGCUGUUUCGCCUUUUCUGUACGACAAGGCUGGUGUUGGUACCAAUGACGUUCAUGUGGACAUCGGACUACUUGGAGGGUGAAAUCAUGCAUGAUGUUGCACCACCUUCACAUGCAACCCUUGGUGCAAUGCGCUAG